GAUGAUGAGCAGCAAUACGAAGAUACGGCUUAUGGCAAUGAAGAGAUAGGACCGCAUACGGAUGGUACAUAUUUUGAGGCGACUCCUGGAAUUCAAGUAUUUCACUGCUUGAAGCCGGCGACAAAGGGUGGCGGUGAGACGAUUUUGGUUGAUGGUUUCGCAGUUGCUGAGCAAAUUCGAUCGCAAAACGUCGCAGAUUUUGAUUUGUUGACAACAGCACCAAUUGAGCAUCAUUACGUCGAAGGUGGAAGCAGUCCAUCGAAUGCGAAAAUUUAUUCAUGCUGCUCUAAUAAACCAGUUAUUGAGAUCGACCAUGAAGGAAUGCUCAAACAAAUAAGAUAUAAUCCAUACGAUCGAGCACCAAUGAGGAUCACAUCAACUGAUGAUAUAAUCAGAUUCUAUAAGGCUUAUGAGCGAUUAUCGAAGUUGGUAAAUGAUACUAAAAAUCAACUCGAAAUAUCUUUGAAACCCGGAAACGUGAUUUUUAUCGAUAAUUUUCGAGUACUUCAUGCGCGAAAAGCGUUUCAGACGUUUGAUGUUUGCAAAUGCGACUUAGAAAAGCUUGAGACAGAACCUGAGGAGCUAUCGAUCCGUUCACUGUUCAUUUGA